CUGGACAUUUGAGGUUAUGGGAGUUGUUGAUGGCAAAGUCACAAAACACAUGAGGUUUGUGAGGUCAUUCAAUUCGGAUCAUGUGUGGCUCGAGUAUAUGGAAUCAAAGAAGGUGUGGACAGUAGACCCUUUCAGUCCAAAUGACUCGAGUCAUUUCCACUUUAGCAUUAGAACAUUGGGUUAUUGUUAUUCUGGGACUAUACGUAUGACUGAUGAAUUAAUUGUGAAAAAGUGUGGAUUCCGACUAAUAUGCAAGCCACUAGAGAAUGAUGCUGAGGUUUUGCUUGAAGAUGAUCAGUUGCUAGAUCCAGCUUUACUUUACGAGGUUUUGCAUGAAGAUAACCCCGCGAGCACAGAGAAAGAAAGUUCAAGUGAAACAGAAAAUUUACAAGAUAGUGAACCGUUCACAAAGAAAAAAAGAAUUGAACAUGGUCGACUUCUCAAUUGAGAAGUAUCGCUAUUCCGGAAUUAAUGGUUGGUCUAGUUGGUCUGAAUACCGGAUUGUUUGUCCUGGAACAGAGAUGCCAGAGGUGUUUGUCCUUGUUGAAGACAGUACUAUGUCUUUCAUGGCUUCACAAGACUUGUUUAACAAGUUCAAAGCAUUGUAUCUGUGUGUUGUCGUUGGUGUAGAAGAUGGAAAAAGGGAAGUAUCUUUUGACAUCAUACCGUAUGUUAACGACCGAAGGCGGAAUGUGCUAUCAGGAACUCUUGGUUCAUUUGAUACGGAUCAUGUGUGGUUUCAACUUUUGUUUCCAAAUUUAUUGUGGGGAUUUUUAGAGGGGGCAGUCGACUUUGGUCAAUCUAAUGAGAGUUUUCUACGAUUUAGCCUUAAGAUUAGAGUAGCGGGUGCAACAGUGAAAAAGUUGGGAUAUGUGAUGCAAUGCUAUCAACUAGAGGAUGAUUUUCUGGUUGAGCUCGAGAAGAAUCGAUUUAUGGACCCAGCUUCACUCUAUGAGGAUGAUGAGACUACAUUUUACCUUGGGAGCCACGUAGGAUAUCCUUCCAGGGAUGCACGGAGAGAGAGAGUUACGUGAAGACGAGGAAGAGGCUAGGCGGCGGCUAUUCGAAUCAUGCGGCACACAUAUUCAAUAGAAGAGGUGCAUCAUGCCUGGCUAAUGUGCCUUCAGCAUGGCGUGGGGCGCUGCGGCAGGUAAAGCCAGAGGUUUUGCGAAAAGAUUCCAAGUCAUUUCCAAGUAAUCUGUAUUAGGGUAAAAUGUGUGAAUGUGUGCGAGUGAUUGAUAGUAUCUGUGUGUAUAAGGAUUGCGAGUGUGUCUUCUUCUUUUUGUUUUUUGAGUG